CCAGCUCCGCGGAAUUGGGCUACUUUAACACUGUUGUUUUGAAUGCCCGCGGUCUGAAGCGACCUUAAUAACGUGAUAUUUAGCCCAUGUAGUGCAACAAGUGCCAAGGGGAACAUCGCUCAAAAAAAUUAGGCUAUUUUACCCCACGGAACGCGAUUUUUACUGGAGGAAUCACCACCGAAACGCGACUGGGCUAGUUUUGAAGAGAAACUGGGAGGGUUUUGUUGUAAAAACCUGGCAACCCUGCACUUAAGCUAAGGAGAGCGGCGGCGAGCACCAGCCUUCACUGACGAAGAUGUCGUUACAGUAAGCCGCAAUCAAAAAUCGAGGGAAAAAAUAUAUAAAUGCGCAAUUAAUUUUAAUUAGCUUUUUUCUCGAGUAUUUUGCGUAUUUUUAUGGUUGUGAGUGAGGAUAAUCUCUUUUGUUGGCUGAUGUUUGAUUAAGAGGGCGUUUUUUUUAGAGAGAGCUCGCGAGUGAGUGAGGGAGCGCGCGAGCACGAGGGGGCGGGAGUCUCUCGCGCAGCCAACAUUCAGCUUCAGACGCUCGUGAAAUUACCACACGGACGGUUUACUUCCACAUUUAUCGCUUAUUUUCGGGAUUUUCUAGAGAAACAACACCGUACUCGAUGCGUGGCCUUCUAACGGACAUUUGUCGCUGAUAUUACGCGCGCUUUUUCUGUUUUUGUUGUUUUUUUCCCCUCAGCGAAGCGUUCGUGUGUUCGUCGGGAUUCGUUAUGAAUUCCAGCCCGCUUCCUAACGGCAGACUCGUGCCGGACAGCCAGAGCUGGAACUCCUCCGGUUCCGACGAGGAUCUGGACGUCGAACCGGGACCAGGGCCGCACGGAGGGGUGUUGGAAUUCGGCGGGGUGCUCAGUAAGUGGACUAACUACAUUCACGGAUGGCAGGACCGCUGGGUCGUUCUGAAGAACAACACCUUGAGUUACUACAAAUCCCAGGACGAGCGCGAGUACGGCUGUCGCGGUUCCCUGUGUCUCAGCAAGGCUGUCAUCACACCUCAUGAGUUUGACGAGUGCCGGAUGGACAUCAGCGUCAAUGAUAGCGUGUGGUAUCUACGUGCUCAGGACCCAGAACACCGCAACCAGUGGAUCGAUUCCAUCGAGCAACACCGGGCUGAGUCUGGUUAUGGCUCUGAGUCCAGUUUGAGGAGACACGGCUCCAUGCUGUCCCUCACAUCAGCCACCAGCGGAUACUCGGCCACCUCCACCUCCUCCUUUAAGAAGGGUCACAGUCUGCGGGAGAAGCUGGCGGAGAUGGAGACGUUUCGGGACAUCCUGUGCAGACAGGUGGACACGCUGCAGAAAUACUUCGACGGCUGCUCUGACGCCGUGACCAGAGACGAGCUCCAGAGAGACAAGAUCAUAGAGGAUGAUGAAGACGGUUUCCCUAACACUCGCUCCGAUGGAGAUUUCCUGCAUAACAACAACGGCAGCAAGGAGAAAUUAUUCCAGUGUUUGAGUCAUAAAGGCAUUAAUGGGAUAGAUUUUAAAGGAGAGGCCAUCACGUUCAAGGCAACCACGGCGGGAAUCUUGGCUACACUUUCCCACUGCAUCGACCUGAUGGUGAAGAGAGAGGACAGCUGGCAGAAGAGACUGGAUAAGGAGAUGGAGAAGAGGAGGAGGGUGGAGGAGGCGUAUAAAUCAGCCCUGUCCGAGCUGAAGAAGAAGUCUCACUUUGGAGGGCCCGAUUACGAGGAGGGUCCAAACAGCCUGAUCAAUGAAGACGAGUUCUUCGACGCCGUGGAGGCCGCUCUGGACAGACACGACAAAAUAGAAGAACAGUCUCAGUGUGAGAAGAGCAGGAUACAGAGGAGCAGUUCAGUGCCUUCAGGAGACGUCUUCUCCAGCGUGGGCUCUCACCGAUUCGCUGAGAAGCCCCCCUCUCGUCCUUCCUCUCCCUCAUCUUCUGCUGUAGCCUUCCUCCCUUCUCUCCAUGAGCACAGAUUCAGUGCUGAGGUGCAGGAGAUGGUUCAGAAUCACAUGACCUACUCGCUGCAGGACGUGGGUGGAGACGCUAACUGGCAGCUGGUGGUGGAGGAGGGAGAGAUGAAGGUGUACCGGCGCGAGGUGGAGGAGAACGGGAUCGUGCUGGACCCGCUGAAGGCCACACACUCUGUCAAAGGGGUCACAGGUCAUGAGGUCUGCCACUACUUCUGGGACACGGAUGUCCGAAACGAUUGGGAGACUACUGUUGAAAACUUCAACAUCGUGGAGACGCUGUCUGAUAACGCCGUCAUCAUCUACCAGACUCAUAAGAGAGUGUGGCCAGCGUCCCAGAGAGACGUCUUGUACCUGUCUGCCAUUCGUAAGAUCGUGGCCAAUAACGAGAACGAUCCAGACACAUGGCUCGUCUGCAACUUCUCAGUCGAGCACGAGAAUGCCCAGCCUAACAACAGAUGUGUUCGUGCUAAAAUCAACGUAGCAAUGAUCUGCCAGACCCUGGUCAGUCCACCAGAGGGAGACAAAGAGAUCAGCAGAGACAACAUCCUGUGCAAAAUCACAUACGUGGCCAACGUGAAUCCUGGCGGCUGGGCUCCUGCGUCUGUCCUGAGGGCCGUCGCAAAAAGAGAAUAUCCCAAAUUCCUCAAGCGCUUCACGUCCUACGUCCAGGAGAAGACAUCCGGGAAGCCCAUCCUCUUCUGAGCACCAGUCCCCAGUUCUGCUGUGUGUGUGCACGAGCGCCUCUGGUUCCUGCACACUCCUCCAGAGACACAGAAGACUCAUGCGUCCCUCCUCAGACUGCUCUCAAUCCACAGGAAGUCCAGCGAUAGACGCUUGAUGCUGUUAUGUAGCUCCACACUAGCUCACACAGACCGAGGACGAGAGAAACCUAACCUCUGAGUCUGUCCCAUGUCUUCUGGCUGAUAUGAAUCUAUAUGUAUGUAUGUAAGUAAAUGAGAUAGCAAGUUUAUAUAUAUAACAGAGCGUUUUGAAGCUGAACACACGAGACUCGCUCUGUUAUUUUCCUGUUUGAACACAUUUCAGCUUUGCUUUCGUCCUCGUAUAACGGCUGUUUGGGGAGAUCAAAGGCGUGUUUGUGAGUGAACUCUAUCUCGAUGUUGACCGUCUCUUUUAUGAAGCGCAGCAUCUGCGGCUGACGAGGAGACGCUUCUUUUAUUUGGAGAUUUAAUUAAAUCUGUGUCUCAGCAGCACAAUUCCAGAUCGAUCGUAACCGGAAGACAUU